ACAAAAUCUCUUAAAAUACGUUUUCCAGCAGCUUGCAUGAAAUGUAAUUUUACUGUUUCUGUUUGUGCGUGGGGUGUACGUUACGUUAAUUCUAGAAGAUUCGGCUACUUUUCAGUGAAGUUAGUGUCCUGUGUUCGCUAACAGUAAUUACGGUAUCCCGGUGCAUCUAGCAGCAGGCCGAGACAGAGGCCCCGGUUUAGCCAACUGUGACAGACAACCAUUUCAGCCAAUGAAAUUGCUUAAAUCACUAGCUGUCAGGAGGUUUGACCAAUCAGCUUUCAUGAAAUCAGAAGCCCUCGCGGUUGAGAAGUGAACAAUGUGAAGACUAGCAUAAAUAAACUAGCAUAGCAGAUGAUUUGUCAUGUUACACAUACAAAAAUGCAAUUUUGUCCAAAAGCCUUCAGAAACGACCCCACACGUGUGACUUUACGAUAAAUUAACAGAUUAUUUUAGAACCAGACAAUGACUUUCAACGUGAAGUCAAUAUAGACUUAGCCUAAUGUUAGCAGUCUGUUGCCGAAAACGUUGCACCCACGUUGCUGAGCUUGCAAGCAAAUGUGGUGGUGAAUGUGAGCAGAAUGACGAAGACGCCUCCACAUAGACGAGGGAUCACUUUCGAGGUGGGAGAGCAGCUGGAGGCUCGCGACAGCCUGAAGAACUGGUAUGCAGCCAACAUAGAGAAGAUAGAUUAUGAAGAUGAGAAAGUGCUGAUUCACUACAGGCAGUGGAGCCAUCGCUAUGAUGAGUGGUUUGAUUGGAACAGCCCUUACCUGAGACCCAUGGAACGGGUACGGUUAAGGAGACAAGGCCUUCAGGAGAACCGUCAAGGAAUGGGUUUUCAAGUUAAUCAGAAAGUUUUGGCCAGCUGGUCAGAUUGUCGCUACUAUCCAGCCAAGGUUCGCUCAGUCAACAAAGAUGGCUCCUACACGGUUAAGUUUUUUGAUGGAGUGGUGAAGACUGUCAAGGGCAUCAAAGUGAAACCUUUUCAAAAGGAGAGAAAUUCUGGAAGGUCCGGCCAGCAGGGGAGGAGGAGAGAGCCGAAUGGCAAAGACUGGAGACCCAAACCGAAUGGAAGCGGGCGAAUGAACGGAUCCCGACACAGCAUAUCUGACCAUGAUGGAGAGAGUGAGAUGGACGAUGAUGAGGAGGACGUCAAGAGAAUGAAGGACGAUGGCAUCGAACUGCUAAACGGAACCCAGAAAAAGGAAGCGGAGAAGUUGUCCAACGGAGAUGAAGAGAUGCGGUUAGACGGCAAAGCCGAGGGUCAGGAUCCUGAAGAGAAGAUGGCAGUGGUGAAUGGAGAUGGGCUCCACACGGAGUCACCACAGGAGAAAAGUAAACGGCAGAGGGGCAGCGAAAAGACCCCCGAGGAGGAGGAGAAGGAAAAGGAGGAGAUGAAUGAGGAAACCUCAGGAGAAAACCCUGGACUAGCCAAAAGGACCAGGAGAAGCCUGACCGAAGAGAAAGAGGGCCAGAGCAAGGCCAGCGUCCCUCAGCUCAGGAAGAGGAGAGCGUCCCUUGGACAGACACCGCCUCCCAAGAGGAACAGGAGGGACACGAGCACAGACCGAAGCAGUCGAGCCCAGAAACAAGCCAGAUCAGAGUCCGUCCCAGCAGGUUCGGAGGUAAUCAGUAAAGAGCACAAAGGCCUAGUCAGCCCAUCAGAAAUCCCAAAGCCUGAGGCAGGGGCCGUGCCUGCACCUGAUCUGGCCACUCUCGUCAGACAACAAAUCCAUCUGCCGGCCACAAACAAAUACAGCAGAGAACCACUGUAUAGGGUCAUCAAAAACCAGCCACCACCAAUCCUGUCCAUUGAGUUGGACCACAACCCCUUCAAGUGUAAAGUGGCGGGCUGCCUGAAGUCUUUCCGCAAGGCCUCCCUCCUGCACUACCACAUGAAGUACUACCACGCCGAGAGCGAGCUCAGCCCACAGCGCAGCAUCCAGACACGCGCCUCUGAGAAACAGGCUGUUGGCAUGGAGACACCACGGCGACGGCGCACAGUCUCUUUACACUCCCCUCUGAGUGACAGCAAGUCAGGCCACCCACUGUCGCCCCCUGUUGCCAACGGGGAGCACCGACAACGGUUGCCUAACAGCGAGAAGAGCAAGGAAAACCAGCAGAUGAACCGCAAGUCCACUGAUGAUCCAGAUGGCAAAGCCAUGGAAAUAGGCGAACAUGAAAAGGAGAGGUUGAGAGAGAAAAGGCAGAAGGACUUCCUACGGAUCAAACUGAAGAAAAAGAAGAAGAGGAAGAAGAAGAUGAUGAGGUCCAAGUCAGACUAUAGCAGCAGUGAGGAGAACAUUGGCUUAAAUGCUCCUCACUGCACUCUGAAUUUGGCCCUCAAAUUACCCCUCUCCCACAAACACAACAACUCGGAACCCCACACACAGACGAUGCUCAAUGGUGAAGACAGUGCCAGUGAAUGGUCAACAGACAGCCCCACGUGGAGUGAGGACGAGCUGGAGGCGGAGCUUGACCUGACCACACCCCUCGCCGAGCAGGGUGUGGCUGUAGAGCCUCAUGGAGCAGAGAUUGUGCGCUGUGUGUGUGAGGUGCAGGAGGAGAACGACUUCAUGAUCCAGUGUGAGGAGUGUUUCUGCUGGCAGCAUGGAACGUGUAUGGGGCUCAUGGAGGACAGUGUGCCUGACACAUACUCCUGCUACAUCUGCAGAGACCCCCCUGCUCAGAGGCAGAGCCGGAGGUACUGGUACGACCGGGACUGGCUCAACUCUGGCCAGAUGUAUGGCCUGUCCUUUCUGGGCGAGAACUACUCCCACCAGAACGGCAGGAAGAUAACAGCCACGCACCAGCUGCUGGGGGACGUGCAGCGCGUCUUUGAGGUUCUGAGCGGCCUGCAGCUGAAGAUGAGCAUACUCCAGGCCCAGGCACACCCUGACCUGAAGCUGUGGCGCCAGCCCUGGAAGCAGGCCGAGCACUCCAAGAGGAAGGCAGGCCCGUCGGAGCCAGAAUCGGCAGCCCCCUCCCCGUCCCCGUCAUCCACAGACCCCUACAUCAGGACCUCCGCCGACCCAGAGAGCCACGGAAGAUGGGAAGCAUCCUCCCAGGACAAGCCGGGUCGUGUGGCCUCCUUCCAGGACUCCUACAUAAGUAGCGAACACUGCUACCAGAAGCCUCGCACCUACUACCCGGCUGUGGAGCAGCGCCUGGUGGUGGAGACGCGCGGCGGCUCGGAGCUAGAGGACAGCCUGCGCAGCACCGAGGACCUGCUGGAGAUGGAGCAGAGGUACGCCGGCGAGGCACUGGGCCGCGACUGGUCCAAGACUCAGAUGGCCAUCAGCGUGAAGGAAGAGGACGACAGCAAUGCCAAAGAGCUGGAGUGGAGUAAGAUGCUGCAGAACGGAGAGGUGGAGAGGGGCGGAGAGCCUGACGUGAAGGUGGAGGACUUGGAGGACAACGUCGACCCAGACCCUGACCUGGUGCUGCAGCAGCAGUGGCAGCUCAACCUGCUAGACCACAUCGAUGCCGUGCAGGACGAGGUCACCCAUCGGAUGGAGCUCAUCGAGAGGGAGCUGGAUGUGCUGGAGAGCUGGCUGGAUUACACAGGCGAGCUGGAGCCCCCUGACCCGCUGGCCCGCCUACCUCAGCUCAAGCACCGCAUCAAGGAGCUCCUGACCGACUUGGGCACCGUGCAGCAGAUUGCAGUCUGUUCCUCGUCCACAUGAUGGCACCACACCUCACGGGGUGCCAAUGGAGCAAACCAAGAAAGCAGACUGGCACUCCACAGCUAGGCAGAUUAAUAAUAACAAUAAUAAUAAUAAUGAUGAUGAAAAAUAAUAACCACAUAACGAAAGGCAUCCAUCCACAGCCCUGCAAGAAAAUAGAAACAGUCCCUUGGGCUUUCUGUUGAGCAGAACUGUAAAUGGGCAGAUACGGGGGUGAUGACAGGAGCAGAGAAACAUUGUAAUUUUGGCUUAUGCCUUCCCCAAUUAAACCUUCUCCCCCCUGGUAAUGGAGGCGUUCUAGUGUCCUUUACUGCUUUUCUUGCAAACUUGAGAUGCAACAGAGGGCUGCAAACAUGCAAUGCAAGCAAGAAAACGCGGAGCACAAAGCCUUGUUUUAGCGAUGACCUUUUUAUGUAUGUCAUAGGGUGUCCUCUCUCUCAUAGUCACUCAACAUGUCUUGUAAAAUAUCCUCUUCUGAAGUGUAUCUAUGUUUUGUUAAAUGUUCUGUGCAGUGAAUGGCUUUGGAAUGGAGACAUAACGACUCUGGCAAAGAGCUAAAGCAUAAUGUCAAUUGAAAAAGAAUAUAUAUUUUUUAUCUGCAGGUCUUUGCAUUUUCCUUCUAUAUUUCUACUUAAUACAGUAUGUAAUAUAUCCUGGUGUUUCGUCGCAUCAAAACUACUUGCUGAAAACAAGGGGUUGACUUGAUUGUCAUGUUGAUUUUGAAAUUAUGUCACUUUUUGUCCAAAAAUAGUUAUGCAGAAUCUGCAUGUUAUAUUAAUAGAAACUGUACUUUUCUUAAUGAUUACGGCAUAUAAUGGUAAUGCUCUUUGCUGUCCUGACUCUUGCUUAUUCCAACUGAAACUGUCCGCUUUCUAUGUGACCCUAAUUGAAAGAUGUCACCCUGUGAAAUAAUCUUUUCAUUUCAUAGGGAAUUGUAUAGUACUUUUAUAUGUUUUUAUUUUGUAGCAUUCAUAUGUACAUUUAAAAGACAAAAUCUUGUAUUGACAUCAUAGCCUACUAGUACAAAUAUGUCUUUAAUUCUUUUUUUUUCUCUGUCAAAAGGCACCAGAUGCCAGAAUUUAAUUUAUUGUGCUUGAUUUUAUUUAUUGACUCUAUGUGAAAUGUUAAGCUGAGAGUAGGUGUCUGCCUAGCACCCAGGGUAGUACUUGGAGAAAAAUACUGCAUAUGGUGUGUGUCGUGUGUGGGCCAAAGCCCACGACCAUAUGGCUCCUCCGUGCGCAGGCAAAUAGAGGGACGCUCCCAGUUUUUUAAUUGUUUUUAUGUUCGUUUUUUUUUUUUAUUCCAUGUCCAGUAUUCUUAUCUUCUUUUUGUUGAGGAGUAAUCUCGUUGCUUUUCAAUGUGCACGUUUAUCUGUCUGAUUUGUUUGUUUCUUGUCUUUGUUUAUGCCUUCUUACCUCUGCAUGUAGAGUAUGGUGAGCUUGGGCCACUUUGUAUUCUUUCCUUUUGUAUAACAGCCAGUGCCCCUUGUUAUCAUCAUAUCAUUUUUUGUAUCAUAUUUUGUCCCCUGCCUGUCCAGAAAAAAUAAAGCAUUGUAUUCAAGAGUAGACACGUAUUAAAGCAAACUGUUAGUUUUAUUAUGA